AAAAAAAGUCAAAAGCCUCUUGUUUUGUUCUUUUUCUCUUGUUCCUUCUUUUCCAAUCUUCGUUUUUUUUUCUAGUCAAAUUCAGAAAACGCGUAAGCUCUCUUUCUCCUUAAGAAGGUUAUAUAACAAUUUUAAUUUCACUUGUUUUAGAGAGAUUUAAGUCUUUGUGGUUUCUUCUCUACUACAGUUUCUUUCCAAAAAUUGGAUCUGCUCUAUUGUUGUUUGUUUCUUUAAGGUUUUAUUAAAAUGGAUGAUCAGAGAAAUCGUUCUAAUGAUUAUCAUAAUAAUGAUAACCAUCAUCAACAUCAUCUUGGUGUGAACAAGAUGGGGAAAAGCAUUCGUAAAGAUCCAUCAAACCAGCAAAAUCAACAACAAAACCCUCAAGCUUUGGUUUACAACAUCAACAAAACCGAUUUCAGAUCAAUCGUUCAACAGUUAACCGGACUUGGUUCAACUUCUUCCGUCAAUCCUCCUCCGCAAGCGAACCCACCAAAACCACCAAAUUCACGGCUGGUUAAAGUUAGACCUGCUCCUUUGACCCAAGUCAACCAUCCUCCACUUCAACCUCCGGUUCAAUCUGUUCCAAUCGCUUCUGAACCGGUUCAGCCUGUUAACCAAUUUUCGGGUAACCCAGCCGAAUCCCCCAUCUCGGCUUAUAUGCGUUACCUAAUCGAAUCAAGCCCUGGCGGAAACCGAUCUCAGCCACAAAACCAAAAUCUGGUUCAACCAUCAACCGGAUUAUUUCCUUCACAUCAAACCGGUCCUAAUCCAAUACCAUUCCAAUCUCCAGCUUCACAGUUUGUUUUGUCACCUCCACUAAAGUCGCCGUUUCCAUUGUUCUCACCUAAUUUUGUAUUUUCGCCACGGUUUUUAGGUGGUGGUAAUGAAUCGAUGCCACCACCAUCACCGGGUUUUUUCUUUCCGUUGCUUAGUCCAUUAUGGAAAAAUCAAUAGCUUAAUUAGUAGAAGUGUAUUUAAUAAUCCUUUCAUCAAUCAAGUGUUCCUAAGUUGUAAGCAGUGCACUAAUGUAAUAUGUACUAGCUAGAGACCUAUAUCAAAAUGACUAAAUACAAUGUCUUAUAAUUAUGUUAUUAUUAUGAAAUUAUCUUUCUUCUU